UUUCUGUUCUACACAUAUACUUUAAAAAAUUAAUAGAAAAAAAUGCAAAUUCUUCACAUGAACAAGGGAGAUGGGGAAACCAGCUAUGCUAAAAAUUCCGUCGUGCAGAAACAAAUAAUAUCAGCGACGAUUUCAGUGAUGGACGAAGCAGUGGCUGACUCUUUAUGCAAAACUCUCCCUGCACAAACUAUGGGGAUCGCUGAUUUAGGCUGCUCGUCGGGGCCUAACACUUUGAUGGUGGUUUCGGAGAUAAUUAGCAAAAUCUACUACACAUGCUCUCAAAUGGGGAUCUCAUUGCCGGAACUGAGUGUGUCGUUGAACGACCUUCCGGGCAACGAUUUCAACGACGUCUUCAUGUCGUUGCCGGAGUUCUACCGUAAUCUUGAGAAGGAAACAGGCAUCGGGCCGGACGGCUGCUUCAUAUCUGGCGUAGCUGGUUCUUUCUACGGUAGGUUGUUCCCUAGGAAGAGCCUGCAUUUGCUGUACUCUUCCUCCAGUCUCCAUUGGCUCUCCCAGGUUCCUGCGGAUCUAUACACGAAAGCAGGCAAACAUCUGAACAAGGGAAAGAUUUACAUAUCUAAGACAAGCCCACCUUCUGUAGUGAAGGCCUAUCUCUCACAGUUUCAGAAAGAUUUCUUCGCAUUUCUGAGAUCGCGGGCGGCGGAGAUGGUGGCCGGCGGCCGAAUGCUGCUGUCGUUCAUGGGCCGGAGCUCGCCGGAUGCCGCCGCCGAAGUGGGCACCCACCAGUGGGAGCUCCUCUCUCAGGCCCUCAUGAGUAUGGCGUUAGAGGGUCUAAUCCAAGAAGAGAAGAUCGACUCUUUCAAUGCCCCCUACUAUGCCCCGUCUGCGGAAGAAGUGGCGAAUAUAGUAGAAGAAGAAGGUUCUUUCAUCAUCAACCACUUACAAGGAUUCGAGAUUGAUUGGGAUGGAGGUUCUUCGGAAAACAAUAACAACGACAACAACAACAAAAACGUUGUUAAUGGGUUGGAGAAUCUAUCAAGAGGGCGACAAGUGGCGAAGACUAUUAGGGCAGUGGUUGAGACAAUGGUAGAAUCCCACUUUGGAAGAGACAUCAUGGAUGAGUUGUUUUGUUUCGAUGCUGAACUGGUUGAUCACUACUUCUCCAAGACUAGGGCUAAGCACAUCAAUUUGGUCCUUUCUGUCUCAAGGAAUAUUGAUUCUUGGCAGUAAUA